UGGAGACAGGUUUUCACUUUCUGGUGACAGGAAACUUUGAGGAGGCCGAAAAGAGAAUGCUUCUCCUCCCUUUCUGAUGCAGGUAGCCAUGCCAUGCAUUGGUGAGGAUGGCACGCACUCCUGUACACAAGAUGACAAGUGCAUCAUACUGCCCGGCUUUCCAGCCUAUCACAGUCAGUCAAAGGAAACCUAGUGGUCCCCUGCUUAACAGCUAGCCCAGGACACCCCCACUAGGUCCUACCUGUCCGAUGCUCUCCUGCCAUUUUGACACAUUUCGACUCAUGGACACAUGGGGGGGCAUGGCGCAAGAAGGCGCCCAAUUGCCAUGUGGGGUUGGGGGGGCUUUGCAUUCAUUCAUACACCCACCUGCGCUGCUGCUGCUGCUGCUGCUGCUCGUUCAUGGUGGUUGACGGAUUCUUUAAAGAGCACAGCCAGCCUCGCCGGCCAAUUCUGCAGGCUCGCGACGACGAGCUCAGCUAGCUAGCUGCUACCUAGCUAAGAAUCCUACGACAUUGCUGCUGCUGCUGCUGGCGCUCGUCGUCAUCAUCAGUCGUCUUCUUCAUUGGCAGAGGUAAGCAAAGUUCGCUUCUGCAUUGAUGAAUGCCGAAGCUAUAGCGGUUCUUGAUCGUAUCAUCGAGGGUGGUCGAUGCCCCGGUCGCCCGGAUCAUGGCAUUGCCAACCGCGGUGGUAGCCGGCAUUGCCGCCGCCGUCGCCACGCUGCUGGUGGCCGCCGCCGUGGCCGCGGCGUGGUGGUGGCGCGUGGCGCGUCGUAGCCGCCGGAACUCCGACACCGGCUCGUCGGAGACCCCUCCUACACUAGUGGAGUGGGGCAGGUGUGGGCGGACGUUGUCGGCGCCGGAGUACCAGGGGGCGAGGCAAUUCUCGCUGGAGGAGCUCGCGCACGCCACCAAGAACUUCAGCGACGCCAACCUCGUCGGCGCCGGCAGCUUCGGCCCGGUCUACAAGGGCCUCCUGCUCGACGGCACCGUCGUCGCCGUCAAGCGCCGCGUCGCCUCGCCGCGCCAGGACUUCGUCGACGAGGUCAAGCGGCUAUCAGAAAUCUGGCAUAGAAACGUUGUCACUCUCAUCGGCUACUGCCAAGAAGGAGGUCUACAAAUGCUGGUGUUCGAGUACCUGCCCAAUGGCAGUGUCUGUGGCCAUCUGUACGCAAACACCGGCAAAGAGUCAAUGACAAGACUAGAGUUCAAGCAGAGGCUCUCAAUAGCAAUUGGAGCGGCCAAAGGUCUGAAUCAUCUGCACAGCCUCGUGCCUCCUUUGAUCCACAAGGGCUUCAAGACGAGCAAUGUUUUGGUCGAUGAGAACUUCAUCGCGAAGGUGGCUGACGCCGGAAUCGACAGGCUGCUCAGAGGAUUCGACGGCGCCGCGCCGUCGCAUCAUCCGUCGUCGUCUUGCAGCAGCAUCUACCAAGACCCAGAGGUGCAUUCCUUGGCGCAGCUUUCUGAAAGCAGCGACGUGUACAGCUUUGGGGUUUUUCUUUUGGAGCUCAUCACUGGCAAAGAAGCAGCGAGCCUGAUUUCUUCAGAACCAAGAGAACCUCUGGUUCAUUGGAUGGAGUCACAUUUCAGUUCGAACAACGAGGUGACGGAUCCAAGGUUGGGAGGCAGCUUCACGUCGGAGGGGAUGAAGGAGCUGGUCGGGCUGACGUUGCAGUGCGUCAGCACGUCGGCGAGACGGCGGCCGAAGAUGCGGCUGAUCGCGGCGGAGCUCGACCGGAUUCUGGAGAAGGAGAUGAGCCUCACCACCGUCAUGGGCGACGGCACCGCCAUUGUCACGCUCGGUAGCCAGCUCUUCACGUCCUGAACUUCGUAAUCGACAGGGAGGUUGGCAGAAUUAAAUUUGCAUGCAUGCCUGAUAUUUGUAGCCAUGCAUGGCAAAUUGGCAAGAACGAUGUGUGUAAGUAAAAUUGUGUUUGGAUGUGCAAUUUAAUCUGACCACAAGAUGAUUAAAGUUUGGUUCUUUUUCAUCAGCA